AACUCUGUAGUCACCUUAAACGUCGGAAUAUAGUACCGAGUUUAUUUGUGAAUUUGCCAUUUUCUAUUGUGAAUUGUUAAUAUUUAUCAGAACUAAAUAAUAAAUAAUAGAAUAUCAAUCUGUAAACAAAUAAUUGAAGGAUGAGCAACAUUUACAUUCAGGAACCGCCGACUUCGGGAAAGGUUCUCCUCAAGACUACCGUCGGUGAUAUAGAUAUAGAACUCUGGUCUCGAGAAUGUCCAAAAGCAUGCCGCAAUUUUAUACAACUAUGCAUGGAAGGAUACUACAAUGGCACCAUUUUCCAUCGCGUUGUAAAAGGUUUUAUCGUACAAGGGGGUGAUCCCAAUAGCGAUGGAACUGGUGGAGAAUCUAUUUACGGUCAUACAUUUAAGGAUGAAUUUCAUUCACGUCUACGUUAUGCGCGACGUGGACUUGUUGGAAUGGCGAAUGCCGAUAAGGAUGAUAAUGGCUCACAGUUUUUCUUCACCUUGGCCGCUACACCAGAGCUUCAAAACAAGAACACACUUUUCGGCAAAGUGACAGGAGAUACUUUAUACAAUAUGCUGAAACUGGAGGACGGUUUAGUGGAUCACAAUGAACGCCCCAUGUAUCCUCAAAAAAUAUUGCGUGCCGAAAUUUUAAGUAAUCCCUUUGAAGAUAUAGUACCUCGAAAAAUAGCAAAAGAGACCAAAAGAGAAAAGACAAAAAAACGCGAAAAGGGAGUCAAAAAUUUUGGUUUGCUUUCCUUUGGUGAAGAGGCUGAAGAAGAUGAAGAAGAAACUAAUCAAUUUGUACAAAAAAAUGCGGGGAAAGCAAAAUCAAUGCACGACGUUGGAGACGAUCCCAAACUUAGCAAAGAUGCCUUACCUAUCGAAGGUAGCAACACUAGAUCAGAUGAUGAAGAGGAGUUAGAAGAAGAACGGAGAUUGGCUCUUGUCAAAAAGGAACCGUUGGAUGAUGAUGAUAUGGAAGAGCGUCGCCAGCGAAUCAAAGAUAAAUUGCAAUUAAAAACGAAUGAGACUAAAAAAUUAAUAAAAACGGAGACAAUUGAAAUUAAAGAGGAAUUGUCUGAUUCUGAUGAAGAUGUACUUUUGACGCAGGAGCAGGAACGUAAAAUAAAAAGCGAAAAAAAGAGGAAUGAAAUUCGACAAGAAAUUCAAAACCUGAAAAAACAAUAUCAAACAGAAAAACGUCAAAGAGAAAAUCUGGGUGAUAAAAAAACUGAGAAGAGCAAAACUGAUGAAGUCAAUGCUAAUGCCGCUGAAAAUAAUGAAUUCAUAAAAAAUUUUGUCGAUGAAAAAGUAAAAUACAGUGGCUUAAAGACGAAAAUACCCAAAAAAGGGGCUAGUCGAGAGGACUUUACAUUAAGUUUACUAUCGAAAUUUCGAAAUAAAUUGGAUGCACUCAAACAAAAGCAAAGUGAAACAAAUGAAGUCACCGCCACUGAGUCUCUAGAUGAUGGAAUUGUAGAGAAAGAAAUUCAAGGAGACGAUUGGUUGGCGCACACAUUGAAGUUCGAAGAAGUAGCACCUAUUUUAGCCAAAGAUGCAUCCACGAAGGGCGACGAUUGGUACGAUGCGUAUGAUCCCAGGAAUCCGCUGAACAAACGUAAAAGAGGAGAAGGUUCUAAAAGCGGAGGAAGUAGCAGUAAAAGUUCAAAACGACGGUAGUUAAAAUUGGAAACAUAUUUAUUUUGAUAUCAAAAUAUAAAUUUUGGAAGUAAAGUGCGGCGAAAUUAUGGAAUUUUAUUAAUCUUCUCAAAAUAUUUUGUUUUCUCUUUGGGAUUUGGUACAAUCUGAAAAUACAAAAUAUGUUAGUUUGUAAUUGAGAAAAUGUGCUUGUUUAUUUUAUUACUGUCUCUGCGCCGGGUUUCCAGCCAGCUGGACAAACUUCUCCAUGUGUGUCGGUAUAUUGGAAUGCUUGCACUAAACGAAUCGUCUCAUCUACUGAACGUCCCACCGGCAAGUCAUUCAUAGUUAUUUGUCGCAAAAUACCACGAUGAUCAAUGAUAAAUAGACCACGUAGUGUAUGACCCAAGUCUUCCAAA